AUGGCAACGUCGUCGUCUAAGGCUUUCUCUAGGUUAACAUCUCGAUUACACUCUCUCCUUACAAAACCACCACCACUCUCCUCUCAUCUCAAACCCAAACUUCAAUCUGCAACUCUUCCACGCGUCUCUCUCACUUCACGGUUACCGGUGGAGUUGGGUAGCUUGGAAUCAAUGUUGCCGUUGUAUAGCGCCGUUGCUUCUGCUCGAUUAGUUUCAAGCUUGUCCAUUGAAUCUCUUGGUUGGGGUUUAGUUCCUCAAGGUAUUUCCAUGCCUUUAUGA